UGUCUCUCAAACCCCUCCCUUACCAGCCCGAGCCCAGUCACAUUCCUUUCAUGUUCAAUACUGAGCAGCAACAAGCAAUAGCAACAAUGUGAAUUUCAACUUCGGAUAUUCGAACAUCUUUGACGAGGAUAGGCAAAAAUUACAGAAGGAAGAUUGGGUUGGAACGAUCCGUUUAGAAUGUCAACGUAUGGAAUUGAGAGGGGUUGUUUUUAUUGCAGGUGAGAAUGGAAACAUAUGUCGCCUGUUGCUCCGCAGCACACACACACCAUGAGUUCAACUGGUGGCAGAUCCUGCUAGACCUGAACAGACCUUGAGUGUGUUGGUGGAGGCUCAUCAGUCUCCAGUAUGGAGUGUUUGGUAUGAGCCGUGGCUGGUCUGUUGGUCCUUGGGCCGGUCCAGUGGUGUGGUGUCCCUGUCCCUUGGCGGGAUGCUGAGGGCUGGUGGUCCCCACCAGUAUGACUCCCCUGGACCUGUGGCUGUCCCGCUCCCUGCCCAUGUGCCUGCUCCUCCAGAGCCUGGUCCUCAUGGCCCUGUGCUUCCCUUCCGCCUCCAUGUGUCCCAAGGGCUGCGUCUGCCAGCGGGCCCGACCCGACCCGGGCCUCCACCUCGGCCCGGGGCCCCUGGGGCUCUUCCUUGGCCUCAAUGUCACCUGUACCGGGUCCCGGCUCAAAGAGAUCCCCCCGGACCUGCCUCCAGACACCGCCGUGCUCCGCCUCGACCACAACCAGAUCAUGGCCGUCCCCGACCAUGCCUUCCGGGGCCUGAGGCUGCUGCGGGAGCUCAACCUGUCCCACAACGCUGUGGAGACGCUGGAGGAGGGUGCCUUCAGUGGCGUGGAGGCCACACUGCAGGUCCUCGACCUCUCACACAACCGCAUCACUAGCGUGCACAAGGAUGCAUUCACCCGGCUCAAAGCGCGGGUCCUGGUGGAUGACAACCCCUGGCACUGUGACUGCACCCUGCAGCAGGCACUGGGCGGCAUGGCCCACAACCACGAGGCGGCUGCACGUGUCCUCUGCCGGAGCUCCGAGCUCCAGGAGCAGGAGGGCCGCCAUUUCCUGGCGGUGGACACGGACCUGUGUAACCUGGCCAAGAGGACCACGGACUACGCCAUGCUGGUGACGAUGUUCGGCUGGUUCGCCAUGGUCAUCUCCUACGUGGUGUAUUACGUACGGCAGAACCAGGAGGAUGCCCGGCGACACUUGGAGUACCUUAAGUCACUGCCCAGCAAGCCUGUGAAGCCCAACGAGGUGGAGGACAUCAGUACUGUGGUGUAACAGGACAUCAUCACUACUAGACACUAUAGGACAUCAGUACUCCAGUGUGACAUCCCUGUAGUGAGAACUGACAUCACUAUAGUGAGAACUGACUGAAAACAAUAUAAUUAGAUUGUCUAAUUAGUUCUAGAAUUAGAAUUACUAAUUGAUUCUAAUUCUAUGCAUGAACAGCAGAAGUUCAGAACUAAACCCGGAGAUAUAGGACCCAUAUUUCAAGAUGGAUGUAACGUCUUCUGUUGUGAAAAUGUUUUUUUGAUGUACUCAAAAGAAAUCAUGAUAGAUUAAACCUGGAUCCUUGCAUUUGAAGCUUCACACCCAAUAUGUGUUAAUUACAAAGGUAAACACUGCGAAAGCCCAAUUUUUAAAGAGGAGAAAUGCUUAAACGUUGGUGUUUGUCUGUAGACGUCAAUCUAAAGUGGAGCAUUUUGGAAUGCACAGUGCACAUGUGCAUAGACAACAGCAGUUAGUUCAGAUCACAGUAACAGAAGGGUAUAGUCUAUGGGGGUACCUCAGAUGGCUUCAUUGAGAUCUGUUCUGAGAUUGUUUUGAAAAUCUGAAUCUCAGGUUUAAAUUUUGAUAGGUUGAUAAGUAUUUUUUUAGAGCAAAAUCUGGAGAAAUGGUUUGUUGGACAACAUUUUUGUAAGGUAAUGAUAACAGGCCUUUGAUCUAGAGAGUGUUCUGUGCUUGUGCAUCCAACUGCAUACUUUGUUUAAUUUAAUUUGAAUAAAUCACAGGCCCCAAACAUCAAUCAUGAAACGUACCUUUACUUUCCAAAUGUGAAAUAAAAGAAUCAAUGAUUUGUUAAAAUGAUCAUGACAUCACCAAUGUUGAAAAACUACUGAUGUGCUGUAAAAAUACUAAACAUUUCUUCCUUAAUUUUGUCAAGUCCCUGUACUGUAUGUUCUUGUUGUCUUGAAAUGACAAAGUUGAUCCAUUGCAUCUUAGUAGAUUUGUGAUGGUCAGAUAACGUAGCACAAUGGUUUGGGGUAGAUAUCAAAUCAAAUGACCCCUAAAAGAGUCGGUAGAUUCAUGUGAUUCGUAUGUGUGUCAUGUGAUUUAGCAGUACCCUAGUAGUGUCCAAGUUCUCAAGUCCUGAGAACCAACACGCGUUUUGUGUUACAUGUUAACACAACACAUACACAACAACACCCAAAAACAAUACUGUGCAUUUGGCUUUUCCACAAAACUCAUUUGCUAAGAUUUUUAAUGACUCAGUCUAUGCUUCCUGAAAUAGAAUACGUAUUCAUAUUCAUAGAAAUGUGUUUCACACAAAGAUUCCUUUCUCAGCCAAAGUGGAGAAAUACUCAGUGUCCCAAAUGGGACCCUAUUCCCUACAUAUAGCCCUAUGGGCCCUGGUGGAAAGUAAUGCACUACGUAGAGAAUAGGGUACAAUUUGGGACACACCCACAGCGUCACAAACCUGUCGAUGGGAAGACUAAUAAUUUCAACACAAACAUCCCCUUUCUGUUCAGCCCCCAUGCUGCGUUCAGAAUGCAGAUAGAUGCAUGCAUCAUUUACCUUGCCUUUAAUAACACUGUGUGUAGAGUUCUAUCCCCAGCAAUGUGAGAAGAGAAAAUUGCAGCUGUCAUUCGUUUAAAUGGCUUUCACUUGCAUCACAGUGACAUGGGUUCACUAAAACAUCCCAUAGAGAGAAAUAUGGAGAGAGAGGGGAGGGGGAGGGCAGGGCAGGGCAGAGAGGGAGAGAGAGUGAGGGAUAGAAAGUGAGAGAGAAAGCGAGAGAGAGAAGGAGAGAGGAUAGAUAAGUGGGCGAAGGAGCGAUAUGGGCAGGAGAGUGAGAGAAUGAAAAAAGUAAAAGCUUCUUUCCAUAUUCAAUGUGGUUAAGAAAUGAUGUAUUAUGUACAAGGAAUGUUUACACAGUUUAGAUUUUCCCCCCAGUGCUGCAAGGUGGCCAGUUCAUUUGGAAGGAUUUGAUGAUAUGAUGAGCACAGGUUGUUACAACAGGUAGUAGAUACAACAGGUAGUAGAUACAACAGGUUGUAGUUACGACAGGUUGUUACGACAGGUAGUAGUAACAACAGGUAGUAGAUACAACAGGUAGUAGAUACAACAGGUAGUAGAUACAACAGGUAGUAGUUACGACAGGUAGUAGUAACAACAGGUAGUAGAUACAACAGGUAGUAGAUACAACAGGUAGUAGAUACAACAGGUUGUAGUUACGACAGGUUGUAGUUACGACAGGUAGUAGAUACAACAGGUAGUAGAUACGACAGGUUGUAGUUACAAUAGGUAGUAGUUACAAUAGGUAGUAGUUACAACAGGUAGUAGAUACGACAGGUUGUAGUUACGACAGGUUGUAGUUACGACAGGUAGUAGAUACGACAGGUUGUAGUUACGACAGGUUGUAGUUACGACAGGUAGUAGAUACAACAGGUAGUAGAUACGACAGGUUGUAGUUACGACAGGUUGUAGUUACGACAGGUUGUAGUUACGACAGGUAGUAGUUACGACAGGUUGCAGUUACGACAGGUAGUAGUUACGACAGGUAGUAGUUACGACAGGUUGUUACGACAGGUAGUAGUAACAACAGGUAGUAGUUACAACAGGUUGUAGUUACGACAGGUUGUAGUUACAACAGGUUGUAGUUACGACAGGUAGUAGAUACAACAGGUAGUAGAUACAACAGGUAGUAGAUACAACAGGUAGAAGAUACAACAGGUUGUAGUUAUGACAGGUUGUAGUUACGACAGGUUGUAGUUACGACAGGUAGUAGUAACAACAGGUAGUAGAUACGACAGGUAGUAGAUACGACAGGUAGUAGAUACGACAGGUUGUAGUUACGACAGGUUGUAGUUACAAUAGGUAGUAGUUACAAUAUGUAUUAGUUACAACAGGUAGUAGAUACGACAGGUUGUAGUUACGACAGGUUGUAGUUACAACAGGUAGUAGAUACGACAGGUUGUAGUUACGACAGGUUGUAGUUACGACAGGUUGUAGUAACAACAGGUAGUAGAUACAACAGGUAGUAGAUACGACAGGUUGUAGUUACGACAGGUUGCAGUUACGACAGGUUGUAGUUACAAUAGGUAGUAGUUACAACAGGUAGUAGAUACAACAGGUAGUAGAUACGACAGGUUGUAGUUACGACAGGUUGUAGUUACGACAGGUUGUAGUUACGACAGGUAGUAGUUACGACAGGUUGCAGUUACGACAGGUAGUAGUUACGACAGGUUGUUACGACAGGUAGUAGUAACAACAGGUAGUAGUUACAACAGGUUGUAGUUACGACAGGUUGUAGUUACGACAGGUUGUAGUUACGACAGGUAGUAGUUACAACAGGUAGUAGUUACAACAGGUAGCAGUUAUGACAGGUUGUAGUAACAACAGGUAGUAGUUACAACAGGUUGUAGUUACAACAGGUUGUAGUUACAGCAGGUUGUAGUUACAGCAGGUUGUAGUUACAACAGGAUGUAGUUACAGCAGGUUGUAGUUACAGCAGGUUGUCGUUACAGCAGGUUGUCGUUACAGCAGGUUGUAGUUACAACAGGUUGUAGUUACAACAGGUUGUAGUUACAGCAGGUUGUAGUUACAGCAGGUUGUAGUUACAACAGGUUGUAAUUACAGCAGGUUGUAGUUACAGCAGGUUGUAGUUACAACAGGUUGUAGUUAGAACAGGUUGUAGUUACAGCAGGUUGUAGUUACAGCAGGUUGUAGUUACAACAGGUUGUCGUUACAGCAGGUUGUCGUUACAGCAGGUUGUCGUUACAGCAGGUUGUAGUUACAGCAGGUUGUCGUUACAGCAGGUUGUAGUUACAGCAGGUUGUAGUUACAACAGGUUGUAGUUACAGCAGGUUGUAGUUACAACAGGUUGUAGUUACAGCAGGUUGUAGUUACAGCAGGUUGUAGUUACAGCAGGUUGUCGUUACAGCAGGUUGUAGUUACAACAGGUUGUAGUUACAACAGGUUGUCGUUACAACAGGUUGUAGUUACAGCAGGUUGUAGUUACAACAGGUUGUCGUUACAACAGGUUGUAGUUACAGCAGGUUGUAGUUACAACAGGUUGUCGUUACAACAGGUUGUAGUUACAACAGGUUGUAGUUACAGCAGGUUGUUACAGCAGGUUGUCGUUACAGCAGGUUGUAGUUACAACAGGUUGUUGUUACAGCAGGUUGUCGUUACAGCAGGUUGUCGUUACAGCAGGUUGUCGUUACAGCAGGUUGUUACAGCAGGUUGUAGUUAGAGCAGGUUGUUACAGCAGGUUGUAGUUACAACAGGUUGUCGUUACAACAGGUUGUCGUUACAACAGGUUGUAGUUACAGCAGGUUGUUACAGCAGGUUGUAGUUACAACAGGUUGUCGUUACAACAGGUUGUCGUUACAGCAGGUUGUUACAGCAGGUUGUUGUUACAGCAGGUUGUAGUUACAACAGGUUGUAGUUACAACAGGUAGUAGUUACAACAGGUUGUCGUUACAACAGGUAGUAGUUACAACAGGUUGACGUUACAACAGGUUGAUAGACAAGUAGGCCUAGUCACAACACACAUUUAUCAAACUAAAUGUAAAUAGGUACAUUGUUGUUGUGUGCGAGAAAGAAUUUGAAAUCCAUUUAAUAAAUUGUUGUAUUUGAAUUUUGUGCUACUGUACAGCCUUUUGCGCUGUCUUGUCCUGCAGAGCAGAGGCCAUGAGUUCAUGUCUCAUGUAUUUGUAAUGGGUUUAGGAGAGGAGACCUUUUCUUUCAAUGCAUGUACCCAUACCGCAAAUGAAAAAAGCACAGUGUAGCCAAGCCAAGGACUCUGGAAGAAUAUUUAAUUAAGUGCCUGAAAAACUUCUCACAUUUUCUGUUUGUCAUUUUAACCAAAUAAUUUCAUAUUCAGAGUUGUUUUCUGGACAUGAAUGAAAAAAGCACUGCGUUUCACAGUCAAAGGUUUCUGUGUUUUGGAAUCCUUUCAUGUCCAGCAUAGUGUAUACAGAACCAACACAAAGGAGACAUUAACUCUGUAUAGUUUGUCUUUGAAAGAGCUGAUAGAAAUGAAAUGGACGUUGAUAUCCUAGUUUCCCACCAUCUAAAUAAAGAAGCAAAAACGUGAAAGUAGCAUAAAACAGAGAGAGAUUGUGGUUAUUGUCUUCUCUGCCUGUCCACUUUCUUUUUUUUUUUUAGACGAACAAAACAUUAUCUGAUGCUUUGUGAUAAAACUCAAGACCAAGCACUGAUACAACCAUCCAUACGUUGUAAAGGCAUGUCAUAAAAGGAAAUAAAGGAAAUAUGGACA